GCAUCAGCUUGUGAGAACCACAUAACUAACUUAACUAUUCAUGAGCUCAGAGAAACCGCCCUUUUGGUCCAACUUGUGUUUUUUGAUCGUUUCUUUAGUUGAAUAAAUAAAUAAUACUAAAUAAUAAAUAAUUUUCUCAACCCAGUUCAGUCAAAAAUAAAAUAAUAAUGACUAAAUAUUUCACUGAGCAGGAAGUAAUCUGAAAAGUAACUAGUAACUGAAGCUGUGGAGUAAAAAGGACCAUAUUUGUCUCUGAAAUGUGGAGUAGAAGUAUUAUUGGGGAGAACAUGUGAGAUAAAGGAAACUGACUAAAUGUCACAUGAGGUUAAUGAAGCCGAAUUAAAUGUUAUUUUACGUAAGUUUUACGUUAAAGUUGUCGGAUUAGUUUCUGCGCAUGGCAACUGUUAAGUUUCGAUUCCGGUAAAUCGACGCUUGGAACCAAAACACCAAAAACGAAAGUGAUCAGCUGUCGAUGAGACUGUUGAUGGUUACUCUGAGUGACAGGUUGUGAAGUGAAGUGAUGUCUGAAGUAUUCUGUCGGUGCUUGUCAACACUUCGUCUGUGGGACCCCAGUUUCAGAAUGAGAGGCCUCCCCAACUACUGUCUGUGCUGCUGUGUGAACACUUUACUGCAGACCUUCUCUGCUACCUGGGAACUAGGAGACCUAUUGGACAAGUGGGAUGAAACUGGCGUGAGGACAGAUGAUCGUAACGUCCCGUUGCAGCUUAAGAAAGUUCUCGCGGACAUGAGGAAAGACCUCGCUCAGCCUGCUCCCCAUCACGACUUCCUCCGCUGUCUGGACAGAAACAGCCUUCGACUUAAUACGCAGCAUGAUGCCGAUGAGGUGUUCCUCACCAUCCUGAACUUAACGCAUCAACAGAUGGAUAACAGAUCUCUGGCUGUUGAAAUCCAGAAUCUAUACAAGAUUUCCUUGGAGACGCAGUUGCAGUGUUUAGUCUGUAACUCAAUGCAGACUCGGGCCAGCUACCUGCUCAGCCUGCCCCUGCAUAUCAAAGAAGAUCACAACUCUCUGGGAGGCUGCAUGACCUCUUUCUUUGAGCACCAGGAGCUAACGGGCAUCAACUGUUGCUUUUGUGAACAAUGUGGAAAAAAGACUCCAUCCAAACAGGGUGUCAAACUUCUCUCUCUGCCUCCCAUCUUGUGCGUGCACCUGAAGAGGUUUCGAAAUAGCAACGGUUAUACCCGAAAACUUGAUUGCCGUGUGACUUUUCCAGAAAUCUUUGAUUUCUCUGAGAUUGCUAAAGAGGCGUUCUCCACAGACUUUGCCCAGAAUGACUGCAAGUACACUUUGCAUGCGGUGGUAGUGCACUCUGGUUACGCAAUGUUUGGACACUAUACUGCCUACGUUCAUCACAGGGUGAACCAGCGCUGGUACUAUGCGAAUGACAGCCACGUAAAACAGGCCUCCUGGAAGGAAGUGCAGUCAACAUAUGGAGGAUAUCGCAGAGACACAGCAUACAUGCUGAUGUACAGAAGAGGUUCGAAACAGGAAGGACAACAACCUGAACUUUCCGGCUAAGUGAAUGGAUGCAGAAGACGUAACCUGCAGUCACAGUGCAAUAUAGGGUGAAGAUGGGAAUAUAACAAUAGGAAUAUAACUUCAUAUUUGCUUAAAUUAAUUUAUUUAAUUUGAUUUCAUAGGACACGGAUGGUGUGAAUGGUUCUAUAUUUAUAGAUUUUUCUGAUCACUUUUCUAGAUUGUUUAUUUUUGAUCAGCACAGUAAUUUCUCCAGUAGAUGGCGUUAAAGACUCAAAACAGUGAAGGGUUUUCCACUCCAAGACCACACACACUGUGAACACACUCAGCAAUACUUGAGGGGGGGUGGUUGGUUUCAAGAGAAUGCUUAGCUUAGAUAUUCACUGUUUGGGGGUGGGGGGACCUGCCAUAGGACUCAGUGUUCAUUUUCCUGACACUGCUGUAUAAUACAUAAGUCAGUCAUGAAGAACAAUUAAGUUACUUUUUUUCUCAUUUGUGCUGCCAAAAACAACAACAGUCAUCCCACUCUGAUUUUAAGUAUUGUAUUUUCUUACCACUUGGUCCUGCAAGGCCUUUGACACACUUGAUGUUUUUCUCGCUUUCAUUAAUGCAACAUCUGAGCUAAAAAAUGUACGCACUAGUGAAAAGUGCCUGUUCUAUAUGUAUUUGUUUUGAAAAUGCAUUGAGGAAAUUACAAUGAAAAAAAAAUUAAAGAGGUUGCAGUUCCA